AUGAACAAACAUGGCUGUGAAAGAUGCGGCACAAUUCAUCCUAUGAAACAAUGCCCAGCAUUUGGAAAACAAUGUUACAGAUGUUUAAAACAAAACCAUUUUGCAUCGCCAUCAUCUAGAUCAUCGAUUCAUGCAGUUGAAGAAGAUAUAAACAGCUUCGUCAUUGGUGAAUUAGCCAUACAUAGUUGCACUGCGAAUCAGGAAAAUUGUUGGUGGAAAGAACUAUAUCUAAAUGGCAUGAAAGUCAGAUGCAAAUUAGACACAGAGGAUGGUUCAACUUUAAGACGGAACCGAAGAGAUCUCGUCUACACCAAAGAAGAUUCACCUAUAUGCGCACCACCAGUGGAUGAUAGCACAGAUCAUUUUUCACCAUUAGAAACAACACAACCACAAAGGUUGGAAUCCCCAAUUCACCCUCAGUGCAACAGUCCAACAGAUGACACCACACAGUCUUCCCAAGAAUCCAUCCUGAGGACACGAAGUAGUCGUUCAUCAAAACUCCCUGUUAGAUUCAAGGACUAUGUUCUUAAUUAA